AUGUAUGUGACCAAGUGAUCAAGUCACAAAAUUAUAGUCUUGCUUGGUCCGGUCGGAUGUCACAUGUUGCCUCACUUUCACAUGUCCGCCAUUUUAUUAUCAAACUUGUAGCAACAACAGUUUUGGAACACCCAGUCAGAGGCACCACAGAAUAUUCUAUAAGUAAAGAUGGUCUAAGAUUGAAUCAUGGUAAACUGCAGGCUGAUAAACAGGAGAAAACUGUUGUUACACUGACUGGAAUUAAGAAUAUUGAGAAAUCGUCAUCCCCUGGUUGUGGUAGAGGCAACAGUACUGCAAUUGAUUCUGUUAUAAAUUGUUUAACGCAGAGAUUUUCUUCCUUUAGGAACCAGGAUAUUUACAAAUACAUGUUCUGGGUAGACCCAGCUAACUGGUCUGAUAUAGACACUGAGAUGGAUGCUAUCCGUUGGUGUUAUGAACGUUUCCAAGUUACACUAGACUAUGGAAAGAUUGAUUUUAGCAGAGUUAAAAGUGAAUGGAAAGAUUUCAAGAGAACUGUAGGUCAUUUCUAUUCAGGUGUUACAAGUGCUGUUAAACUGUGGCAAAAGAUUUGUGCUUAUAGGAAGUUACAAUUUCCAAACUUAAUUAAAAUUGUGGAAAUUUUGUUGUGUUUGGGUCCCAGUAACAGUACUGUAGAGGCAGGCUUCAGUCAUUUAACUGGGAUGCUGUCGGAUAGAAGGCUUAGCCUUCAUCACAGUUCUAUGGAAGACUUGUUAUUGAUUAAAAUCAACAAUCUUGUAUGGACAGAAAAAGAAAGAAAUGCAAUUCUAGAAUCGGCUGUAAAGUCUUAUAUAAGUAGUAAAAGAAGAAAAUGUGAAUUGGACCCCCCUGCAUCAACCAGUACAAUGGAAGUUCAUGAUCAUGAUCAUGAUCAUACAGAUACAUGUAUGGACACUGAGUGUGACAACAGUGAUACAGAUGAUGAAAUUGAUGAGCAUGAUAAUUGUUCAGACAUUGACAGUUUGUGGGACAGACUCAUUGAUUGACUUGUAAAUGAACAGUCUGCCAGUUGUUGUUAAUUACUUGACUGUGGUUUUUAGUUUAUGUGGAAAUGUCUCUUAUUAAAAGCUGACUCUUUUACUCUUCAUAACACAAGACACGUGUUCCUAACUUUUAUUUAUGGUUCAUUUUAACACAUGAUAAUAAAUACUCAUUCUUGAUGACAAUUAAUACUUUUAUCUUCUCAUAUAAUCCACCAUAGACCAGAUAUUUAGGCCCCUAAUCAAAAAUGAAAAAAAGCUCUCCUUAAGAGAUUCAGGAGAGUUUUCUCAGGAGAGCGAUUUACCCUUUUUGCAAUUUUAGGAGAGCUUUUUUUGACUCUCCAAGUAUUUAUUCACGUGAAGGCCUGCACUUGCCAUAUCUGUUCAAACAGUGGCUCAGAUAUACCACAAAUCGACUCUAGCAUGUACCAAAGGCCCUAGAUACGAGAACGUAGCUAAAAACGUUGAGAUAUACUGAUGUGUUUGUUUUUAGCUACGAUUGAUGCCUUUAGUUCCAAGUGGCAAACUCAAUUUCUUUAUUAAUGCAUGUAUCAUCUUUAAAAUAGAUAAGUUUAUGAUAUUAUGAUUAAUUAAACUUACAGAGGCCAAUGUAGUGGCACAACUGUCGCCUAACUCCAAAUAUUCGCGUUUAAAUUAAUGAAGCGUUGUUUUUGUCUGACAUUUCACCGCCAUCGAAAUCCAUUCAUAGUUACUGUGCUUUCAAUUGUCCUUUUGAUUGGCUGUUAUAAAAGCCUUAUAUUUAGCCCCGCCUUCAUGAUGACAGCCUAUCGUUUAAAAAGAUGGCGGUCCUAGUAACGGCUUAACGCCUCGAUUUUAAAAACGACGAUUUGUAACCGUUUCAGGUAGGAUUAUAUGCUUAAUUGUAGUUGGGUGUUGUAGAAAUAUUAUAAAUAACAAUAAUCAAUCGUUGUUUUGAUUAAAACUAUUGUCAAUUUUGUUUAAAAAUGCCGGGUGUGAAUCACUCCCGCAGGUGCAACGUUAUAGGUAAUGGGCUCCUGUCUUAUCUCGAAACACGGAGGGUUGAGAGAUUAAGGUUUGUUAUCUACAAAGGCCCAAGAACCGAAAAUAUCCCCCCCCCCCGCACCACACACACACCCACACACACACACACACACACACACCCACACACACACACACACACACCCGCCCCUUUAACGAUGCAUACCGUGGGUUUUUAUGCCACCCCAGGGAUAUCAUUCCCCAUACAAAAUUACGUGUCACCACGCCCCUGGCAGAGAGGCCUGUACGCGAGACACAAGAAGCGAGCGUGGCACCGCGUGCAUGAUGCCUUGCGGAAACAAAUUAUUGACAAAAAAGUAGGUGUGGCCAAAACAUCAAUUGGUGCCUUCCUUAGUAUAUAAUAAAGAAUCAAUAUGCCAGGUUCAAGGGUGAUCCAACUUAGCACUACCCCUUCGCUAAAAUCAAUUGUUGUUUUCGUGAGAGUAGAGGCGAUCAGUGUGUCAAGUUUCAUGAUAAUCGGUUAAGAAUUGCGGCCGUAAAAUAUCGAAAUGAAAUUAAAUGGGGUUUAACGUCCUACUGUUCUGCUUAGACUGGGCUGAUGAAGACGGGCAUACGCCAUACUAUGAGUAAAAUAUUGCCAGGACAGCGGCACUAUAUGGCCAUUUUUAUAUAUAUAUUAAACAAUGAUUAUAUGUGUUAUCUAGAAGUCUAUAGUGUUAUGUUUUCUCGGUUUAUUCCCACGAAGGCGCAGUUAUUGACCGUAACGGAUUAAACGAGGUCGUUUUCGACGACUUCGCGGGAAUCCAGCUCCUAGGGAUUAAAAUGGAUUAAAAUUGUAACAAUGGUGUUAUAGAUUGUUAUGAUAAGAAUUUACACUUUCAUAAUCCCCAAUGUAACUAAUUAACCAACAUUUUAGAAUCAUUUUUGGCAUAAGAAAUGAAAACAUAACUACACUAUAACAAAAAUUAAUUUAAUUUCGCCAAAUAAGACACCCUGUCUAAAUACUCGACUAAAGUCAAUUUCUCUUCCUCGUGUCUUCCUUUUAAUUCCUGGAGCUGGCUUUGGAUUUGAGCAUAUUUAUAUCUCUUCCUUGGUAGUUAAUAUUUUGUUCUUGUUGGAAAAAUGUGAUCAUUUCAAAAACAUUCGGAUGGGCUUUUCCAACUAUCUUCUUCAUUCUUGCAUGCCAUCCUUCCAGAGUGUUGUUGGUUCAGAAUGAACAUAAAUUCAUAAAAUCUUUAACGCCCUUAAUUGGAUCCUAAUAGCAACAUGCCUGUCUUCAAACGAAAGCCGACAAAUCGAUAUCUGCGCCUUCGUGGGAAGGUUUAAUUUUGGUCACGCUCUGUAACUGCGCCUUCGUGGGAAUACACCGUUUUCUCGUAAUCAUUUUUUUAAAUACCUUAAUUGUCCAUACCUUUCUAACCAGAGUAAUUAUUUUUAGAUUAGGGUAAAAGAUAACUCCUACGUGUUAAAAUGAUUUAUAUAAUUAGUGAAUAGUUAUUAUCAUCUAAUGAUUGAUGUUUUGUCAUAUAUAUAGUGUAACCAAUAUAUGCAUUAUACUGUUAUAGUCAAUAUGAUACUGUGUAUUAGUCGUGUUUAUAUUCUUAUGAUUUGAAUGCAAUAUUUGUAAACCGCCAGUAGGAAUACAUUUAAAUGUCUCUUACAGAUAUAGCCAGUGGCUGGAAUUUGCACGGUAGGCCAGCGAAUGGGAGAGAGAGAGAAAUGGGGUUUAACGUCCACUCGACACAAACUAGGUCAUUUCGGGACUAACAUAUGGUUUAAUUUUAUUUACAUAAUUCGCUUGCGCGUAGGGGUCUUUAGCAGUGAGAGGACCCGGAGAAAACCCACGAGGUUGGACAGGCGACCCUACUCCUUGCCACGUACAACCGGGGAUUCGAAACCACGCCAGUCGACUCAAUGAUAGACUGUAUGAUACAGCGCGCGCACGCUAACCAUUCAGCCCCCCCCCCCCCAGCGAAUGGGACUGCGGCCAAUAAUCAGCGAUCAAAUCGCUGACAUUGGCAAGCUACGUUCCGAUGGCAUAGAACCUCCUAUCAGGAAAGAGGUCAUCACUCCCGCAGGUGCAACGUUAUAGGUAAUGGGCUCCUGUCUUAUCUCGAAACACGGAGGGUUGAGAGAUUAAGGUUUGUUAUCUACAAAGGCCCAAGAACCGAAAAUAUCCCCCCCCCGCACCACACACACACCCACACACACACACACACACACACACACACACCCGCCCCUUUAACGAUGCAUACCGUGGGUUUUUAUGCCACCCCAGGGAUAUCAUUCCCCAUACAAAAUUACGUGUCACCACGCCCCUGGCAGAGAGGCCUGUACGCGAGACACAAGAAGCGAGCGUGGCACCGCGUGCAUGAUGCCUUGCGGAAACAAAUUAUUGACAAAAAAGUAGGUGUGGCCAAAACAUCAAUUGGUGCCUUCCUUAGUAUAUAAUAAAGAAUCAAUAUGCCAGGUUCAAGGGUGAUCCAACUUAGCACUACCCCUUCGCUAAAAUCAAUUGUUGUUUUCGUGAGAGUAGAGGCGAUCAGUGUGUCAAGUUUCAUGAUAAUCGGUUAAGAAUUGCGGCCGUAAAAUAUCGAAAUGAAAUUAAAUGGGGUUUAACGUCCUACUGUUCUGCUUAGACUGGGCUGAUGAAGACGGGCAUACGCCAUACUAUGAGUAAAAUAUUGCCAGGACAGCGGCACUAUAUGGCCAUUUUUAUAUAUAUAUUAAACAAUGAUUAUAUGUGUUAUCUAGAAGUCUAUAGUGUUAUGUUUUCUCGGUUUAUUCCCACGAAGGCGCAGUUAUUGACCGUAACGGAUUAAACGAGGUCGUUUUCGACGACUUCGCGGGAAUCCAGCUCCUAGGGAUUAAAAUGGAUUAAAAUUGUAACAAUGGUGUUAUAGAUUGUUAUGAUAAGAAUUUACACUUUCAUAAUCCCCAAUGUAACUAAUUAACCAACAUUUUAGAAUCAUUUUUGGCAUAAGAAAUGAAAACAUAACUACACUAUAACAAAAAUUAAUUUAAUUUCGCCAAAUAAGACACCCUGUCUAAAUACUCGACUAAAGUCAAUUUCUCUUCCUCGUGUCUUCCUUUUAAUUCCUGGAGCUGGCUUUGGAUUUGAGCAUAUUUAUAUCUCUUCCUUGGUAGUUAAUAUUUUGUUCUUGUUGGAAAAAUGUGAUCAUUUCAAAAACAUUCGGAUGGGCUUUUCCAACUAUCUUCUUCAUUCUUGCAUGCCAUCCUUCCAGAGUGUUGUUGGUUCAGAAUGAACAUAAAUUCAUAAAAUCUUUAACGCCCUUAAUUGGAUCCUAAUAGCAACAUGCCUGUCUUCAAACGAAAGCCGACAAAUCGAUAUCUGCGCCUUCGUGGGAAGGUUUAAUUUUGGUCACGCUCUGUAACUGCGCCUUCGUGGGAAUACACCGUUUUCUCGUAAUCAUUUUUUUAAAUACCUUAAUUGUCCAUACCUUUCUAACCAGAGUAAUUAUUUUUAGAUUAGGGUAAAAGAUAACUCCUACGUGUUAAAAUGAUUUAUAUAAUUAGUGAAUAGUUAUUAUCAUCUAAUGAUUGAUGUUUUGUCAUAUAUAUAGUGUAACCAAUAUAUGCAUUAUACUGUUAUAGUCAAUA